GUUUAUCCUGUAGUGAAGUCACUGCAGACUUUAACGAGUGUGUCGAGUGCUCCUUUUUUGUACAUUUUUUAAACCACAGCAAGUGCUUUUAGCGUUUAUCCGAUUCAAACGUGCGAUGAAAAGAAGCGCCGCAGACGGAGAGGAGGCGACCAAAUACGAAAAAAAAAAAUAACAUUUUCAUUAUCAUUCAUUUCCCUGUUCACGUACACCACAUACUCGCACACAACCUAUCAAGUGCAAGUCGUUAAAGAUAUUUUACCUUCGUCCAUCGUCGCCUAAUCAUGAUGAUGCGAUGAAGAUUACAGACAUUGUUAUCAUCUAGAAGAAUUACCGCACGCGUUAUCCGAAAAUGUUCAUUAAAAUCGACGUGCCGCCCGUCUUUAAACAGAUGUUCGCGGCUUCCGGACCUUUGAUCGUGACACUGGGCUCUGGCAUGACCGUAGGUUUCUCGGCCGUGCUGUUACCGCAACUCAAGGACGACCGUUCGGCCAUCAGGAUCGACAGCAGCCAAGAAUCGUGGAUAGCUAGCAUGGCAGCUUUACCGAUGGCCGCGGGCAGUGUACUUGGCGGCAUAUCCAUGGACAAGCUGGGCCGGAAGACCACCAACCUCUUGAUUUGCGUGCCGUUUGUACUGGGAUGGACGACGGUGUCAAUGGCCAGGGGCCUGCCGGCGGUGUACGUCGGCCGGUUGUUGACGGGCCUAUGCACCGGACUGCUCGGGCCGCCGUCGGCCGUGUACAUAGCCGAAGUGACAGAACCACAAUACAGGGGGGCCGCGUUGGCCAUGAUAUCGUUUUCGGUGUCGGCCGGCAUUCUGGUGGUGCACACUAUGGGCACGUUCCUCGGUUGGCGGCUGGUGUCGGCACUGUGUUCGAUGGUGCCGUUCGCCGGUUACGCUCUCAUAUGGUUCACGCCCGAAUCGCCAACCUGGUUACGCGACAAGGGCUACGCGGGCCCGGCCGAACGGGCACACUGCCGGUUGACCGGCAAACAGCCCGUCGUACCGCCAACGACGAUGGACAACAAGCAGGCCGCCGUGUCCAUCCCUGAUCAAAAGCCGUCGUUCCGACAGUGCAUUGGCCGCACGUCGUUCCUCGAGCCGUUGCUCGUUCUGGCAGCGUUCUUUUUCAUCCAACAGUUCUCCGGCGUCAAUGCGGUCGCCUUCUACUCUGUCACGCUACUCAAGCGUAUCAGUCCCGACCUGAACGAGUACUACUGCACAAUGGCUCUGGACGUGAUCAGGCUAGCCGUGUCGGUGUUAGCUUGCGGGCUCACCAAAAAGUACGGCAGGCGUUCGUUGGCCGUCGUGUCGGCCGUCGGCACGUCCGCUUCACUCUUGUGCCUGGCCGCGUUCGUCCCGGACGGCACACCAACCGCCGUAACCGCCGCCGCCGACAGCACCUCAACGGCACUGCCCGGGCUCAAUUUUAUGCCAUUGCUGUCCAUUGUGUCGUACAUGCUCUUCGUCAACAUCGGCCUGGUGCCUUUACCGUGGAUCAUGUCCGGCGAAAUGUUUCCGUCGUAUUGCCGCGAACUCGGCAGCAGUCUGUCCACGUGCUUCGGGUUCGUCAUGUUCUACUUGGUGAUUCAACUGAGUCCGCACCUGUUGACCAACAUCGGCACGUCCAUGACAUUUUACAUGUUCGGGGCCGUGGCCGGCACGGGAGCGAUUUUUCUCUACUUGUGUUUGCCGGAAACCAAAAACAAAACCAUCAGCGACACGACCUGAGUCCGCCUGCACACAAUUACACCAUAGGGCUGGUGGUUUUUUCUCGAAACAACCCCCAAAAAAAUCGACGCCUGCCUAACAAAACAGAUGUCUCGGCGUGUUGAGAUUUAGUAUACGUUUAAGUACCAGCUACAUGUUAGCAGCUUACAAACGUAAUUCCACACCGAAAAGCUCUAAAUCUGCACCAAACACUUCAUGCCUAACCUAACCCACCCAAAAGCCUCUAAUCUUACCCACGCCCAAACCAGAAGCUAAUACAAGCGAGGGCUAUGAUGGGGGCUGUAGCCCUUCUAUUAUGUCCAUAAAUUGUAUCCAUUAGAAGUGUAUUUUUAUAUAUAUUUUUUUCUAAUAUAAUAAUAUAUUAGAAUGUGUAUUUUUUUACUAUGUAAACUUUAUGACUAAUGCUUGUAUGUAUUUAAAGUGAUUUCUUUUCUAACCCGUCCCCUUUUAAAUCCCGCACUCUCCUCGUUAAUAUACACUAUAUAGAUUAGAAUAUGAGGAUGCAGAUUUGGAGCAUUAGAAGUGGCAUUGGGAAUUGUAUUUGCAAGCUAAUUGUGUUACAUAAUAUGUGUAUAAUUUUUAACUCGUAUAACGUGUAAGCGUACAGCUCGACCCCUCACCUAGUCAAACAGAAUAUAAUAGAGCCCUAGCGAGCUAACGCUGUACAACGUUUGUUAUAUUAAAUGUACAAUAUUUAAUAAAAUACUAUUGUUGUGUAAUUAUUUAUCAUAUGAUGACUUUCCAU